GUAACAAAAGUACCUAGCAUUUAUAUUAGUUUCAUACAAUCAUAAUAGAUGACUCGUUAAAGUUUACGGGAUGAAAAUUCUUUUUGUGCCCAACAGUAAUGCAAAUGAUCGAAAUAUUGUCUUAGUGAUAAUCUGUGUCCACGACAUUCUACAAUUGCAUAACUGCAUCCAUUGUACUUCUACUAACACGUACAGAUUAUCCCCGUGGACAAGCUCGAACGUCCGGCAUGCAUCUUCUGUGAACAAUAGCUUCAUAAUUAUCUGUCUUGGUUAUCUGUGCUUUACUUCUUCCUAUGGCGGGAAUUAGGGCAUGGAAGUUCAAAUUAAAAUUGUUUCCCCAAUUUUUUUCCCUCGCUUUGGCUCUUGAAAGUAUAUUAUGCAGACUUUUUGCAGUUACUACCAACAUUUUGAAGACAGUGAAGUGUGUUAAAAAAGUGAAAUAUUGUAGAGUUGGAUAAUUGUGACAAAUAUUUUUGGGCGUAGUUCCCGGAUCUAGUUUUCCUGAUAACCGAUUAUGACUCAAAGUACACAUUUCUUUCCAUCAACAAAAUUCAAUGGCAUUCUUCUGAGACUUCGGGAACACUGGUCUGCUCAUCAGAUGUGCCUCGCGAGAAGAGGUUUUCAUUCAGUUCACUGCCUGCUGGCAUGACAUCGCAGCUUCUAACAAUACCCAGCCAUGGCCGUCACGUCGUCAUCUCAACCCCAGAACCUCCUCCUGCAGCAACCUCGUUCGACUUUAAGCUGCUUUGUCGCCAGGAACACGACUGCCUUCACGGGACACCACAAAGGUAAGUGGAGAUGUGCCUCCCUAGUCGAGGAUAAACUUUUUACUAUCACACCAGGAUACUGCCGUCUGUUAUGGCGUGGGUUCAACGCUCUACUGGACCACACUUUGCGUUCGUCUACAUAUAUAAUAUUCCUACAGGAGAUGUCCAACGCGAGUGAGUCCGCAGGCGGGGAUAAACCCAACUCUGGCUCGGGGUGCCGCCUGCGAGGAGGCAGCACUUCGUCCGGCAACAACUCCGCCACGCCUCCCCACCAGAACAACAGGCAACAGCAACAGCAACAGCAGGAGCAGUCGCCCUCAGGAGGGCAGCAGCAACAACAGGCUCCGCUGCAGCGCCCGAACAAACCGUGUUGCUUCUGCUGGUGCUGCUGUUGCAGCUGCUCGUGGAAUAAAUGUUUGGCGGUGAGAAGCGGCGAAGAUAAUAUCCCAAAGAACAAUCUCUUAGAGCCCAAUGGCCCCUGCGACGGGGAACCCACGCCAACGUUGGAAGAAAUCCGAAGUUGGGGCAAAUCAUUUGAUAAACUCAUGAGGAAUUCUGCUGGCAGGAAAGUGUUCCGAGAUUUCCUGCGCUGCGAAUACAGUGAGGAAAAUAUUCUCUUUUGGCUUGCUUGUGAGGAGCUAAAAAAGGAGACUAAUCCAGAUGUUGUGGAAGAGAAAGCCAGAUAUAUAUAUGAGGACUAUAUCUCAAUACUUUCACCCAAAGAGGUGAGUCUGGACUCGAGGGUGCGAGAGAUUGUGAAUCGCAAUAUGGCUGAUCCAAAACCUAAUACGUUUGAUGAGGCUCAACUCCAAAUCUACACGCUCAUGCACAGGGACUCAUAUCCUCGCUUUGUCAACUCAUCACUCUUUAAGCAGUUGGCACAACUGAAUAACAAUGGCAACAAUGGUGGC